AUGAGCCAGCCAUUGAAGGAUACCGAAGUGGAGGAGUUUAAAGGUAUUCUUGAGAGAUACAGCAUUGAUAACCAUAAAGAGGAUCUUGUUCACAUUCUACUUUCAGAAAAUUCAGAAGACCAUUUUCCAAUUGUUGUUGAUGCUCCCACCUUGUUUGAAAGUAACAUACCUGUCUUUGAUGUCCUGAUCCAUAGUCCAGUUCAGUUAUUACCAUUGUUUGAUGCUGCUUUGGUCACAGCCCAGACAUCAAUCCAGAAAGUUCAUCCAGAAAGUCUAAAUAUGACAGCAAAAGAAAAUAUUCAUGCACGUAUUAUGGCAUUGCCUGAUUUCCCAGAAUUGCAAAGAACAUCUCUUCCCAAGAAUGCAGAUAUUGGAAAUUUUCUUUCAGUGACAGGUACUGUCAUCAGGACAACUGCAAUAAAAAUGUUGGAAUAUGAAAGAGAUUUUAUUUGUUCAAAAUGCAAGCAGAUUUUUCAAGUGCAGGCUGAUAUUGAGCAGUUUUACAGUUUGUCUAAGCCAAAGAAAUGUCCAAACAGUGUAUGCAGUUCUGUAAAUAUAUUACCAGUUUGUGAUCAAGGAUCAAUGCCUGGAAAAUGCAAGGAUUACCAGGAAAUCAAAAUCCAGGAACAAGUUCAGCGUUUAUCAAUGGGAACUAUUCCUCGUUCUAUGUGGAUUGUUAUAGAAGAUGACCUUGUGGACACGUGUAAAGCAGGGGAUGAUAUUACUAUUUGUGGAGUAGUCAUGCGUCGAUGGCGUCCUUCAAACCCUGAUGUUCGUUGUGACAUUGAACUGUUUAUGAAAGCCAACCACAUCCAAGUGACCAAUGAAAAGAGAAGCACAAUUCUCAUCACCAAAGAAAUGCGAGAAGAGUUUUAUUCUUUCUGGGAGAAACAUAAAAACCGACCCCUGACUGGGCGGAACCAGAUUCUAAUGAGUCUCUGCCCUCAAGUUUAUGGUCUGUAUGUUGUGAAACUAGCUAUCAUCCUAGUACUCACAGGUGGUGUACAGCGUCAUGAUGAGACGGGAACACAAGUGCGAGGAGAAAUUCAUUUGCUAUUGGUUGGAGACCCAGGCACUGGUAAAUCACAGUUCCUGAAAUAUGCUGCCAAAGUAAUGCCUCGUGCUGUCCUUACAACAGGAAUUGGUAGUACUUCUGCAGGUCUUACUGUUACUGCCAUCAGGGAUGGUGGUGAAUGGAUGUUGGAAGCUGGGGCGUUGGUUUUGGCUGAUGGAGGAAUUUGUUGUAUUGAUGAAUUCAACAGCAUCCGUGAAGCAGACAAGGCAAGCAUUCAUGAAGCAAUGGAGCAGCAAACAAUUAGUGUGGCGAAAGCAGGGAUGGUUUGUAAACUUAACACAAGAACCACUAUUCUUGCUGCAACAAAUCCCAAAGGACAUUAUGACCCAGAAGAGUCAAUUUCUGUAAAUGUAGCUUUGGCCAGUCCCUUGCUUAGCCGCUUUGACCUUGUGAUGGUUUUACUGGACAAGCAAAAUGAAGAGUGGGAUAAAGUUAUAUCCAGUUACAUUCUACAAGGAAAAAAACCUCUUGGUGAUAUGGAGAAUUCAGAAAAAGAACUGUGGAGUAUGGAUAAAAUGCAAGUCUAUUUAUCUAUGAUCAAAACCAUUAAUCCCAAGCUUUCAGAAGAUGCCAGCUUCAUGAUUUCUUCUUUGAUUGGUAGAUUGAACAAUAUAAAUAAUUUUUUUUUUUUUAACAACACUUUCAUCCUCACUUUCUCUCUCUCCUUUUCACCCUUCUCUCUGUCUUCCUCUUUUUUCAUUCUUUCUAUCACAUUUUCCCCGACUUAUGUAUCUUUCAUUCUUUUUUUUUCUCUUCUUGUUUGUCCUUUUUCUUUUUUUUCUCUUCUCUAUUACAUUCUAUUUUUGCUUUCUAUUCUUUACUUUCUCUCAAGGAGAGAGAUGAAAGAAAUUUAUUUUCUGUUUCUUCUGUCCCCUUUUUCUCAAUCUCCACUUUCUUUUCUCCUCUGUUUCUCUAAUUUCUCUCCCCUUUCUCUCUCUCUCCCUGUUCAUUGUUUCCUUUCAUCAUCUCUCUCCAUUCACGUCAUUCUCUCCCCACUAUUUCUUCUUUCUGUCACAUUUCAUUGUUAUCCUUCUUUCUCUCUGAUCUUUGUUCUUUCUUUUUUCACUCUGUCACUAUCUCCAAUCUCUGCAUUCUCCUUUCAUUCCCUGCCAUCUCUUUCCCUCAUUUAA